AUGGAUCACUUAGCAAUAAAUAUAGGUGGUGAUCACCGUAUGCAGAUGAAAUAUGAAUUAUUUGAAGCUGCAAUGAGUGAUGAAGUGAAUACCUUCCUUCAAUUACCACCAUCACCAGCUAUUUCCGAUCAAGUGACUCCUUCGGGGAAUUCAAUACUUCAUGUGGCGGCCAGUUAUGGAAGCAAAAAUGUUUCAGAAUACCUGGCUAGAGAGUUUCCUGCCCUAAUCACGAAGCAGAACUCCAUCAACGAUACGCCGCUUCACCUUGCUGCGAGAGCUGGAAAGUUGACCGCCACGGAAACUCUCAUCCGCAUUGAUUCUGGCUUGCUGAGGAUGAAGAAUAGAGAAGGAAACACUCCUUUGCAUGAUGCAGUGAUUGAGAGUCACUAUGCAGUGGCCAAAUCCCUUGUUUCUGCAGAUCAUGAAGUGGCCUAUUUCAAGAAUAAGGCAGGUAAGUCUCCCUUGUACCUGGCAGUGGAAAAUAUUGGCUACAAGAAGGCAGAUAAGUCACCCUCGGAUCCAGAAGUCGAGAAUAACCAAGAUAAGUAUAUCAUACUUGACCUUCUCUUGGACUCCAUAGCCGAAGAUACUGAUUCACUCAGGAAGCUAGAUGGAAAGACGUCGCCGGCACACGCUGCUAUCCAGCUAAAAAACAUAGAUUUACUGACAAGAAUUGCAAAAAAGAAGCCAGAGCUGCUCCAUUUUCAUAGUGACAGGGAGUUGGGAAACCCACUUCAUUUUGCAUCAUCCCUAGGUUAUCUCGAAGAAGUUCGGUUCCUGUUAAAGGAACUUAGUGCUGUUGAAAGCAAUCAAGAAGGCGACUUACCUAUCCAUGUUGCAUGCAAAAGCGGCCAUGUUGAAGUAGUAGAAGAAUUGCUUAAGCAAUGGCGUGAUCCAAUGGAAUUUCUCAAUCAAAAAAGGCAGAACAUCCUUCAUGUCGCUGUGGAAAACGGAAAAAGAAAAUUGGUGCAGUAUAUACUCCAAAAUCCCCGUCUAGAUAUCUGUCAAAAACGCCUUCUUAAUGGGAUGGAUGAGGAAGGAAACACACCCUUGCAUUUGGCAGCGAAGCAUGGCCAACCUUGGAUUGUGUUUGUUCUAGUUCGCAACAAGCUUCUUGAUAAAAAUAUUGUUAACAAUGAAAACUUUACGUUUUAUGAUAUUGCAGAUAACCAACUAAAAUCAUUGGUUGAGGAAAAUACUCAAAAAACAGACGUCGAAAAGGAUGGCAAGGACAUUGAAAACGCGAUGAACUCAACCAAGAAUGAUCUUGGAAAGCAACAUGAAAAGGCAUAUCCAAGGAGAACCCAAGUGCCUCAAUAUAAUGACUUGAAAAACCUUGAAAAAUAUUCAACUAGCAUCCGACCCAAACGUCGUCAAAGCCAAGAGGAAACGAAGAGCAGAAUGGAGAAUCUUCUUGUGAUAGCAGUACUCGUUGCUGGGGUAGCCUUUGCUGGUGCUGUCCAAUUGCCACAAAUAUGUGGUAGUGCUGGUGGUCAUCGUCAUAGCAAAUGCAGUUCUAGCUCUCUUCUAUUGGGCCUUUACCUUUAUUUUGAUGUGUGGGCUCUGAAUACCUCCUUGGUGGCAGCUAUACUCAUCAGCUCUACACAAUUGCAAUAUUUCCAAAUUUCACCCUUACUUGCUUGGAUUUCAUCAACAUUGGUUGCUGUGUCCCUUUACUUUAUGUGCGUUGCUUUCUUCAUCGCUGUGUCGAUAGCACUAAAUAAUCUUGAAUAUAAAUGGCUAGCUGUUCUCACUACUGUGACGGGCGCUGUCUUUAUCGCAAUUCAGGGUCUGGUUUACCUCAGAGGGCUUAAUCUUCCACCAUUUUUUACCAAGAAAACUACAGAACCCUUUGAUGUACAUUAUUUAAUGUAUUUCAUUUACUUUAUAUGGUCAAAUUGGAUUCUUCUGGUGCAAGAUACAUGUAUUAAGAAGAAGAAGAAGAAGAUGCAGCAGUGCGCAGGAAGACUAGCAAGCUAG